AUGUUGUGGGAACGCUAUUUCUUGCUGGUAACAAAGUGUAAUGUAUGUUGCCACUUGUUACUAAACUUACCGUUCUUUAUCAUCCAUUUGCAGAAAGAACAGUACUACUCUGAGCAACACUCUUCCUUGAUUAACAAGGCCUACCAAACCCUCCUGAACCCUUUGAGCCGUGGCCUCUAUCUACUGGAGCUGAAUGGAGUAGAGCCAGCACAAGAAACAGACUGUGAUGCAGACUCAGUGUUUCUCACAGAAAUCAUGGAAAUUAAUGAGAAAUUAGCAGACCCUAAAAAUGAGGAUAUCCUUAAAGAAAUUGAAACUUUAAUUAAAGUUAAACAAGAAGAACUGACCAAAGACGUGACUGCAGCUUUUGAAAGAGAUGAUCUUCAAGAAGCUAAGAAGCUUCUAGCCAAAAUGAAAUAUUUUGCAAACUUAGAGGAUAAACUAAAGAACAAGAAGAUGCCUUCCUGAUACUGCCUCUGCCAUUAUCACUUAAUGUUAUUUUUCAAUUAAAUAGCUGAUUUAGUUACCAAA